CCCUCCCGCGAGUGAAACCUCCUGUUCUCUUUUCUCCCUUCUCCCAUCACUCCCGUAGCUCUCUCUCUCUCUCUCUCUCUCUCUCACUCUCCAUUGCUCGAGAACCACGACUGAGCCUCUCCACUCUCACUUCCGAUCACUCCCAGCGAGCCCCCACGACUGAGCCCCCUCCCACCACGCCCACGACAACUGAGCCCCCUCCCGUAACAUUCACUAAUCGACAUUCACCAUGCCCCCUCCCAGCGACACGUGAAGCCACCGUGAAGCAUCUCCUCCUCGACGGUAACCACAAAAACCCUCGACGACAGCGCCUGUUGUUAAUUUCUGUGCUCCUCCCUAUUGCCGUAAAAAACUCCAUUGAAGACAAGUGUCUGUCACCAUAAACAACGUCGUCGCCAGUUCGUCCUCAUCAGCAGCUUAUUCUCGUCAACAGCUCUUUCCCGCAGCUCCUCAGAGCUUCUCCAGAAACUAUCUCCAGCAGCAACAGGGUUGGACGUAACAAUGGCAGGAGUGAUAAGAAAGUUUUUCAUUGCGUCCAUGUUUAUGUGGGUUGCUCCUGUCGCAAUAUUGUAUGGUUUUAACCAUAAUUUGCUUCCGGGUUCAACACAGUUGUCUCCCCAUUCUCUGACGCUGGUUAGUGGCUUCCUUGCUGUCAUAUCUGUCAAUGUGGUUAUUGCCCUCUAUGUAUAUAUGGCAAUGAAGGAACCUUCAGAUAAACAUGAGCCAGAUCCUGCAUUUCUUGCUGAAGCGAAAGCUAGUGUCAGUCAGUCUACAAGUCAAGCCGAUAAUUCUUCCCAGCCAGUAAAGAAGCAACAGUAGUUUAAACUUAAGCCUUUCUCGUGUACCAAAAAUGAAAAAAAAUGUGGAGAAAACUUGCUGGUUGGAUAAUUGUCUAAAUUUCACAUGAUAAAGUUAUUCUCAAGCUUGGUGUUUGAUUAUUAUUUAUCUUUGGUUCACUUUUUACUUGUCAAAAGAUUAUUAUGUUUUGUUACAUCCGGCUUAUUUUUAGUGGGCUGAAUUUGUAGUCAAAUUCUUCUUGCAUUAAAUUUAUGAUUCCUCAGGAGCAGUUGCAUGAUAGCAGCCUGGUUGACCAGGCAGAAGCUUUCCUUGGAUGAGCGAGAGCCUCUUCUACAUGGGGGGCUUAUCUUUGUUCAAAUAGAGGGUACAGUGAAGAGCAUUGCGCGUGUAGCCAAGCUGUGCAGUGUGUCUGUCUGUGUGGCUGAUUGAGGACCCUCAUUAGUUUGUUGUAAGGACCUUGAUCAUUUCCUUUUUAUUGUUGUGCUUGUAUUAAAGAUUGAGGACUCUCUGUAAUUUGGUUGUGUUCACUUGUGUCUUGGCCCCUGCGUGUCUCAAGUGUCGUGGGGCAAUUUACAAGGGAAAGAAAAAUGUGUAGGAAAAGUCUGGCUUGUGACACCCGUUGCAUAAGCGGGGAGUGGACACAACCAGCCAGACAAUUAUGCUA